GGCUGGCGGGCGGACCGGGCCGGGCCGGAGGAGAAGUUUUCGCUGCGGCUGCUGAGCGAGGGUGCGGGCCCCCGCAAGCAGUGCACGCCCGCUGCCAUGGCUUUCCGUAGGAGGACGAAAAGUUACCCGCUCUUCAGCCAGGAGUUCGUUAUCCACAACCAUGCAGACAUCGGCUUCUGCUUGGUGCUCUGCGUCCUCAUCGGGCUUAUGUUUGAGGUCACAGCCAAGACUGCCUUCCUAUUUAUCUUACCUCAGUAUAACAUUAGUGUGCCUACAGCAGACAGCGAGACAGUCCACUACCACUAUGGCCCAAAGGACCUGGUCACCAUCUUGUUCUACAUCUUCAUCACCAUCAUCUUGCAUGCGGUGGUACAAGAGUACAUCUUAGACAAAAUCAGCAAACGGCUUCAUCUCUCCAAGGUCAAACACAGCAAGUUCAAUGAAUCUGGACAGCUGGUCGUCUUUCAUCUCAGCUCGGUGGUAUGGUGCCUCUACGUGGUGGUAACGGAAGGAUACUUAACGAACCUGAGAAGCCUCUGGGAAGAUUACCCGCAUGUGUACCUCUCCUUCCAGGUGAAGUUUUUCUAUUUGUGUCAGCUGGCCUACUGGCUGCAUUCGCUACCUGAACUUUACUUCCAGAAGGUACGGAAGGAAGAGAUCCCCCGCCAGUUGCAGAACAUUAGCCUGUACCUGCUUCACAUCGCCGGGGCAUACCUCUUAAACCUGAGCCGCCUGGGCCUCAUCUUGCUGCUGCUGCAGUAUUCUACGGAGUUCCUCUUCCACAUGGCUCGACUCUUCUACUUCGCAGAUGAGAACAACGAGAGGCUGUUUAACGCCUGGGCUGCUGUGUUUGGGGUCACACGCCUCUUCAUUCUCACUCUUGCCGUGUUGGCCAUUGGCUUUGGAUUGGCUCGGGUGGAAAACCAGGUGUUCGACCCCGAGAAAGGGAACUUUAACACCUUGCCUUGCAGGCUCGGCAUGCUGCUGCUGGUGUGUGUUGCCCAGGCCUGGCUCAUGUGGCGCUUCAUCCACUCGCAGCUGCGGCACUGGCGGGAAUACUGGAAGGAACAGAGCGCUAAGCGCAGAGUCCCAGCUGCCUCCAGGCUUCCAGCUAGGCCCAUCAAGAGGGAACCUGGAUACCAUGAAAAUGGUGUGGUGAAAGCAGAGAAUGGAACCUCCCCACGGACUAAGAAACUCAAGUCUCCCUAAGGCCAAAGUGCUGAGAACGGGAUCCACUGGGUGAGGGCCCAGCAGGAGGCGAGAAGCACUGGCUCCAGCUCAGCCUCUCCGUCGUCCUAGCCACGCUCCAUCUCCAUCAGCAGAAACCUUGGCGUCACAGGGGGUGUAGCUCUCGACCUUCUUGGCUUUCUCUUCUUCCACAAACCAUUUUCAAUAAAGCCAAAAAUCUUCCUCUCUUGCUCCCUUGAGCCACCUCACGGCCUCACUUCUGUCCUGUUUUGGGUCUUCUCAGAGGCCUAGAUUUUCCUACAUGUCUUUCCCACUCACCUCUUUCUCUUCCUUCAUGGCUGUUUCUCUUUCUCCUCACUCCUGACUUCAAUGUGCAAUU